AUGCCUAUUCCCGAGUCCGAGUAUUUGAGUCCGGUCUGGAAGGAUGGCAUCUUUAACAACAGAGUCGCCUUUGUCACCGGCGGCGCUGGAAGCAUUUGCAGUGCUCAAACUCGUGCUCUUGUCCGCCUAGGAGCAAAUGCUUGCAUCAUCGGCCGCAAUGUCGAAAAGACAGAGUCCAUGGCAAAGGACAUAGCCACAGCCAGGCCUGGUGCAAAGGUCAUUGGUAUCGGCGGCUGUGAUGUCAGAAAUCCCCAAAGCCUGCAAGACGCCGCAGAUCGAUGCGCCAAGGAGCUCGGCGGCAUCGACUUCGUCAUUGCGGGAGCUGCUGGCAACUUCAUCGCACCCUUGUCCGGCAUGAGCCCCAAUGCAUUCAAGGCGGUCAUCGAUAUUGAUGUCUUGGGCACUUUCAACACUGUGAAGGCUACCAUUCCCUACCUGGUAGAGUCGGCAAAGAAGAAUCCCACGCCCAGCCAAAACGGCCUGACCGGAGGCCGCAUCAUCUUCGUCUCUGCCACAUUCCACUGGACAGGUAUGCCGCUGCAAGCACAUGUCUCAGCCGCCAAAGCGGCCGUCGAUGCUCUCAUGGCCUCGGUGACGUUGGAGUAUGGCCCGUUCGGAGUCACAAGCAAUGUGAUUGCCCCCGGGCCGAUCAAGGAUACGGAGGGCAUGCAACGGCUGUCCAGCAGCAAGCAGGACCAGGCCAAGGCCAACGCCGUGGUGCCGCAGGGUCGGUGGGGCGUCAUCCGGGACAUUGCCGAUUCCACCGUCUACCUCUUCAGCGAUGCCGGCAGCUUCGUCAAUGGUCAAGCAAUCCCUGUUGACGGCGGUGCUUGGAGACGCCAGGGUGCACUAGCGGUUGGAACAGACGACGACAUGCAAUACCCGGAUUUCCUUCUGAAGGGAGAAAUCUCAAAGCACGUAAAGAGCGGCCGAAAGACGGAGUCCAAGUUGUAA